CGGAAAUGACCCGGAUCGGAACUUUAACUCCUGGUUAUACUAGUCUUCACCAGAAACAUCGAGGGGUCUGAUAAUAUGUUGCGAUACCGAUUCAGACAUGAAUGAUAACCACCUUUCGAUGUGAAUUUGUCCGUACACCGCGAGGUCUUAGUAUUUAUCAAUCAGACAGAACUCAGGAGGAGGAACCGGCUGCCCAGGUGGUGUUUGAUCUACAGCGGGCAGGUGACUCAUUAUCAGUGGCAACAUGACGUGCCGUGACCGGACACUCGAGUUCCAGUCAGCGUGUAAAUCUCUCCAGGGCAGACAGCAGAAUGGAGUCCAGCCCAGUAAACCGGCGCUCAGUGCCCUCAGGCAGCGCAGUGACUUUACAGUUAUGGCCAAGAGAAUUGGGAAAGACUUGAGCAAUACAUUUGCCAAACUGGAAAAGCUCACAAUUUUGGCAAAAAGAAAAUCUCUGUUUGAUGACAAGGCAGUAGAAAUCGAGGAGCUGACAUACAUCAUUAAGCAGGACAUUAACAGUCUAAACAAACAGAUAGCACAGCUGCAGGACUUGGUAAGGUCCCGUGGAGCUCCAGGUGGCCGACACAUUCAGACCCACUCAAACACUAUAGUGGUGUCAUUACAGUCCAAGCUGGCAUCGAUGUCCAAUGACUUCAAAUCAGUCCUAGAAGUCAGAACAGAGAACCUGAAGCAGCAGCGCAGCAGGAGAGAGCAGUUCUCCCAGCCUCCGGCGUCGUCUUCUCCUCUCAUGGCCAACAACUUCAGGAGCCGCAAAAAAGGGGCCCAGGAGCCGCAUGCAGCUCGUGAGCCGCGCAAUGACUACCAGGGCUAUACAACCGCAAAUUACAAAGAUGGCUCGGUCCUGAUGCAGGAAGAGUCCCGGAGCCGGGGGGAUGUGGCUAUCGAUAUGGACUCUCCAACAAAUCCUUUGCAGCUUCAGCUUAUUGAUGAGCAGGACUCAUACAUCCAGAGCCGUGCAGAUACCAUGCAAAACAUUGAGAGCACCAUCGUGGAACUGGGUUCCAUAUUUCAGCAGUUGGCGCACAUGGUCAAGGAGCAAGAGGAGACCAUCCAGAGGAUUGAUGCUAACGUGGAGGACACCCAGCUGAACGUGGAGGCUGCCCACACAGAGAUCCUCAAAUACUUCCAGUCGGUCUCCUCCAACCGCUGGCUGAUGAUCAAGAUUUUUCUGGUCCUCGUGGUCUUCUUCAUCAUCUUUGUCGUCUUCUUUGCUUAAAGGAAUGAGGAGCGGGGAAACGGUAUCGAAUGAGGAAGAAUAAAAUUAAAGCUAGACUAAGAGGAUGUAUUUCGAGACUCUUCUAUCACGGUUUCAUGGAGGCUUUUGGGAUCCACUCGAAUACGGACCUGUCGUUUUGUCCCAAGCUACAAACUUUUCAGUCUUAAUUUGACUCUUCAGUGGAGAAUGAAGAUGUUGAACUCUCGAAUAAAACAAAUAAAUGAUCUUUGAAUCCCCACUUUAAGAGCAGAAAGCUGCUCUGUAUUCUACAUUGACCAACUAUUCAUAAGCAUUUAAUCAAAAUGGCUCUAAUUUAAUGGUUUGAUUCUGCAAACUGUCUUAUGGUUGUUUUGUUUAUCCUCUUUUACCACACGUCAUCCUUUAUAUUAAGUAUUACAAAGCCAAACUUUAGAACUGGACUUGCUCCUCAGAUUAUGUUGCUUCAUAGUUUACCUGCUUUUUACUGGAACCACAUGACUGUCUCUCAUUUAUCAGCAAUUCCUAACCUUCUACCAUCCAAAACUGAUGUGGAUUUUUUUUAAAAUCUUUAUUUGCUGUUUUGUUUCAUUUGCCAAAUUAGUACUGUUGUUGAACUGUGACGCAAUACAAGGAAACUCGCUGUGGCACAAGUAGGCAGUCAUAGCCAGAUGAAGGGAGGUUUGCAGUGUAACUGAAGGGUGAGAUGUGAGAAAUGUUAUAUAACGACACUGUUUUAAAUGAAGCUGUGUGGUGAGCGGCCUUUGCAGAGGUUUAAUGGAAGAAAAGGUUUAAACCUCACUCGCUGAGUGCUGCAGGAGGAUCAGUGCGUAUGAAGGGGUAAACGCUGGUUGUAAAGUCACACGAUCGGCCACGUUCCCUGGAAGUGUCUGGUUGGAUGCCUAUGCGCAUCCAUUAUCUACCUAAUGUACAGGAUGUUAUUUAAAUGACCACAGCUUUUUAAAAGAAACAUAUUUUUUUUCCUUCUUUUUUUCUUUUGCUUUCUUUUUCUUUUCUUUUUUUUUUUUUUUUCUUUUUUUUUUUUUUUUUUUAGCCAAAUGCCUUGACUUCAGUGUAUAAAGUUCAAAUAGUUAUGAAGAUGUAUUGAUAAAGUGUGCAUUAAUAAAACAGUAAUGGGGUGCUGGCAUUCACGUGUGAGAUUUUCUUGGGAUAAGAGGAUUAGUCAGCAGAGCUUUAAUUAGCUGUAACAAACGCUGCAGUUUAUAUUUGGCCUUUUAUUCUUUUCAUUUAAAACAAUGCAGACAUAUGCAUUUAAACAUUAGCCUCAAAUGUUAGCUAAACCUCUAUUUAAAACAAAAAAAGAAGACAUUUUUGUGUAAAAGAAGUGUUUUAAUUGCACAGAAAAGAUCAGAAAAUUGUUUAUUUAUUACCUUAAGUACAUGUAUUACAAUAAAAUCAUACGUGAGUCUAAUUAUUUUCUGCUUGCAAGGCUUUACUUGACGGGAGAGCAUCUGUUAACUGAGUUGGUGAUCUGGAGCCAAACUGUGGCUGCUGAGUCUGCAGAAGAUAGCUGUCCUGUCUGUUAUGUAACAGGUUUUCGUUCAUGUGAUGGGUUUAUGAUUCAUCAGAGAGCCCUUACAGUAUGGGUUUGAGUUUAUAGAUGCCAUAAGCUUGAGCAAAGUUUAACUCAACAUACUAAAUAGGCUGGCAUGGACAUAUCCUUAUUUUCUUAGGUUACUUGUACAGUACAGUUAUACUGGUUGAUGCUCAGACAUGGUCUGAGUUUCAAAAUAUUAAGUUGGUAGCCAGCAAUUCAGGAUUCAGACUGCUUUAAAUGUUCUUUUUUCCACUUCCAUAUUCUUUAGUCUGUUUCAUGUCAACCCAGCCUGUGGUGGUGUACAACCCGGUGUACUCCUAAUGCCAGUCCCAAGUCCAGAUAAAUGGGAAAGUUUCAUCAGGAAGAGAAGGAAGGGUAGGGGUGUAGAGGUGGUAGUCAAGGGAGUGAUAGUGGAUAUAUCAAAAAGGUGUUGAAGAUGGAGCUGCCAGGUAGGAGGAA